AUGGCAUCACGCGCAGAUUCUCUUGUGCCAGCAAUCAAGAAGAGCCUCCGUGCUUGGCCGCGCACACCUGAUCACCUCUGUUUGUUUUCUAUUAGCAAAAAUAUGCCACAAAGCGUCAUGACUGAGCUGGUAUCGAGCAUCUCACACACGCAGCAAACACACGUGGGCACGCUAAGUGAGCCUUUGCAUCCCGGGACCUUGUCACAACACGCGUCGUCCAUGCCAGCGCCCUUGUAUAGCGUUGCUUUGGCACGGAUUCCAGCGUCGCAGGCCAUAGCCUUUCGAUCAGUCAUCCCUGGCGCACCGCGUAUCGCUGUUGGCCGCUGGCCCGAGCAGAAAGAGACAUGGCAUGCUGACCCAACCGCGCGAACGAAGCAUCUCGACGAGACAGGUCAUUGGGCGCCCCUCUGGGGACGCCAAAAUGUCGAAAGACGCAUUCCUGUUGAGCUCGAGACUAUUGCCCGGAAUCCCAGCGAUAUCCAUGCGUUCCUCCUCUUCAGCGACGCAUUCCCACAGGGCCUCCUAGAGGGACUAGACUCACACUUCCCUCACACAAGUCUUCUGGGAACAGUUGCAGCCUACACACCAUUCGAAACGGGUCGCGAGCAUACACUGUUCUACGGUACAAGCACACAGGGUGUCUACGAAAAAGGCGCCGUGGGUAUCGCAUUUCGUUCAUCGGCGCGGCUCGAACGCACGCUCGGCGGCCUUGUGCCCAUAGGCCCACGCCUGGCCAUAACAGGCGCGCAGGGCAAUAUCAUUUCGUCGCUGGACCAUCACAACGCGACCCAGCAGCUCAUUCGGCUCAUAACUGGGCAGCAAAAAGCACGGGGCGAGGCUGUUCAGGAUCCACAGGCCGUGCGUGCGAUGGCCAGCCAUGUCCGCAAAGACGACGAUGUGUUCUUGGGCGUGUAUGCACAUCCUGAGGACGACAUGCCGCUUACAAUAACGCGCAUACAAUCUGGGCAUCCGAUGCGCGGGACAUUGUGCAUCGAUGCCGACAUUGAGCUGGGUGGACCACAAAAGUACGCGCAAGUGUACCGCAAUGGCCAUGAGCGAGGCGUAGCAGAUCCAUUCUUGCCCGCGUCAAUUCGAUACAUCGUUGCGUCUGGCAACGAGACAGCCACGGCCUUGCAGAAAGCCAAGACACAUCUAACACGAAUGGACAACGACCUUGCAUCUCUCGAGCAUACAUUCUUAGUUGCGAGCGACAAGGGAUGGUUCGGUCGAGCAUCCACUUCGUUUUCAAGUCCUGCCCACACGUAUGCCAUUCCACAUACAAGUGCGAGUCUUACUCACUCACUCACAUAA